AAAUAUCGAAAAUAAUACGGUAAUAGAAAAGAACAGUGGAUUAAUAAUGAAUAUCACAAAAUUUUCCUCUAAUUUAACACAUAUAUUUGGAACUGAAGAUGGAGGGUAUUCGAUAGUAGUAGGAGAUUAUAAUAGUAAAGUGGAAGAAACAUAUUUACCACCAUGGACGAUAUCGGUAUAUUUUAUACCAAUAGAUGGUAAUGAACAUAAGGGACCAUUUGAACUUUAUAAACAAACAACAGAAACAGUUACAACAUUAGAAAUAAAGAGAUGUAAUAUAGCAUAUCAAAUGUUCGGAUAUAGUUGUAUAAUACAUUAUAUCACACCUGCGGGGAAAAAAUUCCUAGAUAUAGAUUUUGUAUCGUCAGGAGCUAUAUUAAAUACAUUUGAAUUUGAAGCGGAACAAUUACUUGCCGAUAGCGAGGUGGUUGAUAUCGAAACACUCUAUUAUGGUGGAUUUUGUAUUAUCGCUACUACACAAGAUGACAAUAUACAAGGGUUCGCUUAUAGUAAUAAUGGUACUUUUGGUAAAACUUGGGGAUUGCCUACGACUUAUACAUAUAGUUCGGAAUUUGGUGUGAAUACUGAUAAUACCGUUUGGGCUAUUGCUGAUACGAAUACAGCAUAUGAAUGGACUUGUGUUAUAUCAACCGCUCUUACAUCAUACACAACAAGACCAUUUGGUGGACCAGGAGGAUAUGGUUCAUCAACAGUAGAUAAUACAGUACCAGAAAAAAAUGCAGUAAUAUCAACAAAUAUUAAAGAAGUUACGAUCAUAUACAAACCAGUUAUUGAACCAUCAACUGGAACCGUUUCAUUUUAUCAAAUAAAUGAAAAGGGUGAUGAUCCUAUCCUUAAACAAAUAGUGCAUACAAAUGAUCCAAAUUAUGUUACAAUAGUUGGAAAUGAAAUGAUAGUUAAAGUAGCAAAUUUUACCUUUAAUAAAAGAAAUACUGCUUAUGAAAUUAUUGUUGAUAAUGCCGCUGUUAGAGCUAGUGAACAAAAUCUUGUUGGUAUUAGAAAAGGUGCUUGGAUAGUUAGUACGGAAAAUGAUGGCGUAUCUGAUAAGACUUCAGGUGAUAAGAAAGCGUCCGUUCUAUUGACAGUAAAAGGAACUGAAAAAUUUAUAAAAUCAAACAAAGCUGAUAAAGCGAAAUAUGUUAAUGAUAUGUCUACUGAAAUUACGAAAGUGCUUGCAUGUGAAGCCGGUCGUAUUUCUAUACCAAAUGAUAGAUAUCAAUAUUAUCAAAAUUUACCAGAUCAAAUAUUAUUGCGCGUAGAUGUUAAAGAAUCAAAAGCACCAGAUGAACUAAGGUCAUUUAAUUUAAUAACUGCUUUGAAUGAAUCGAUCGGUUCAAAAGAUAUUUCGCUUAUAUCAAGAGAAGACCAUACAAACGAUUUAGAGUCCUAUUAUGGAACCCAUCAAACUC